AUGGCCUCUCAACUGUCCUUGGCAAGAUUCGUCCAGAGAGCCGUAAGGGGAGUGAAGAGACCCCAAUCUCGUGCUUUAUCUUCCCUACUCGUUCAAUCACAGCCUAAACUUGCUUCACUUCCCCACUUCCCCGUCAUCAAGAUCUUGCCGACAUCCCAAGAUGAUAAUGAAAUAACUGCUGUGCUAUCGAUGCGAGCUUUGACCCGACUGUUAACAAUGCUGGAGAACCCCUCUCCUGGAGCAGGGCUAGCUGCUCCGCCAGAGAACUCUUGCUUCUCCUUUACGUCCAUUCCCGGCAAAGGUAUCGGUAUGAUAGCAACUACUCGCAUCUCCCCGGGUGACCUCAUCUUAUCUGAGCGGCCCGUACUUGUGUUGCCUCAGAAUCUGAAAGCCUCAUACGGGGUAGAUCCUCACCCUGUACAUGAAGUUUGGCCCCUCCUAAGCUCAAACCAGCGGGAAAAAAUAGAGUCACUUCGGAAUGCUUUCGCCAGUCGCGAGACGUUGUUGGUGAAUCCCGAGACAUGGUCAAAGAUCGGGCUCAUUAGCACCAACGCUCUUAAUGCAAGGCUUCCCGUUGCAACCGAAAACGGAAAAGAGGACUACGCGGGUAUUUUCCCAUCCAUAGCGAGGUGCAAUCACAGUCCAAAUGCUAUGUAUGACUUUAAUCCAAAAACUUUCAGUGCCUCCUUGAUUGCCACCAGCCCCAUCGAGGAUGCCGAAGAAAUCACCAUAACCUACAUCGAUCCUUGCCUCUCUCAGAGUGCUCGCAAGGCAUUGUUGCUUGAAAGUUAUGAUUUCGAGUGCGAGUGCCCCGCGUGUGUGUCAUCAGACAUUGCAAGCAGCGAUCGACGCCGUAUGCGGAUAUCCAAUUUUAUGGAUCAUUUGGAAGUCCCAUCGCAAAAAAAUGAGUUUAAGGAUGACAUCAUUCCCUAUCCUAAUGUGGCCCUAACUCAUCCGAGUACCACGCCAUCAAUUCUGCGGCGGGUGGUGUAUGUCGCGGACGCCAUCUUUCGCCUUAUCGAGGAAGAGGGUCUACACGCACUGAUCCCAUCGAGCCCUAUUUACCAAGUUGUCGAACGGGCGGCUUUUGCAUCUGUGCUCCUUGGUGACAAGGAUGUUUUCGACAUUUGGUCCAGACAAGCCUCGAUAUAUUCUCGAACAGCAAGGUGGAUGCAUAACGGGAAGCCAUUACUAAGUGAAGAUCAGUGGGAACAGGCCUUCAAUGACCCAGAGGCGUAUUUCGCAACUUGGGGCCGAAAUAGCGAUUCAUGA